AUGACGGAUCUUCUUGUGCCUAUCUCUAACCAAGCACCCAAUACCUCAUUAUUCCCAGAAAUUCAACAUCCGUACCCUCCACAAUACGCCGACCCAGAAUUCUAUCAUACCGUACCGACCAAUUCUUGGAUCAGUAAUUUAUUUUACCCGAGUGUAGAUCAUUUAGCACCAACCACGCCUGAUCCAUACAUAUUACGGAUAUUCGACGACUAUGGUGGCAACCCUGGUCUCACUAUACGCCAACCGUCCAAGAAGGUUUACGGUUCAUACCCACAGCAAAACAAUGUACCUGCAACCGACGCCGGUUACAUGAUUAACAGUGUUGUCGUCGAUCUUCGAAUGACAAGCAGCGAAUGGAAAUCAAGCACAAACCCCACUUCAUCCGUUACCUACUGGGAUCAUUUCAGCGCACACUUAAAACUAUCAUCAUCAUCACAACAACAACAACAACAAUCGAUUGAUUUCCCACUUGUUCGCGGUAUGGCCUAUGUUACUGGCAUCUAUAACAACCUCUCGCCUCAAUUCUUUACACAACACGCUAUCAUUCGCAUCGAGAGCGAUGGCCCCUCCAGUGGACAGAAUACAUAUUCAGGUCACAAGUUCAAGAUAACCAUGAACGAUACGCCAACAAGUACAUUCUUGAUCUAUGCGUUGGGCGAUGCGCCUUUAAACUUGCGCAAGGAUGGGGUACAGAACCUGGUCAGCACCCAGGUUUACAAUGGACCUAUUCGGGUGGCCAAGUUACCGUCCGAGCAAGAUGAACAGACAUUGGAUCGUUAUAAGGAUCGAUGGCCUGUAAGCGCUGAAAUUCAAGCUGAAUCUGAUGGUAACUUGGGCACAUACACGAUUCAAUGGAAUUCAGAAGGCGCCCAAGGCACCAACGACACAGAUCUGUUAAUGUACGCAUACCCGCACCAUCUUGAGACGCUACAACAAAUCGAUCGAACGGGUUUGGUACUCUCGUCAGCAACCAAAGGUGACAUGCAAGCCAUUACCGGCAAUCGCUGGACACUGACCGAAUCCGAACUGAGCCCUGUCUCAUGGUUGCCACUGAAACCCCAAGCUGACCCGAGCGCAGUGCAUGGGAUCCUGGAUGCUAUGGAACAAGACCUACAAAGCGACUACCAAACCGAAACAUUGCUAGAUGACAAUUAUUUCUCCGGCAAAGGUUUACAAAAGUUCGCCAUGCUGGCACUCGUGUUAAACCAACCCGACAAAACGCAACUGCGCAAUCCUGAAAUGGCUGCUCAGUCGUUGGAGAAAUUGAAAGCGGCAUUCGUACCUUAUUUGAAUAAUCAGCAAAAGGAUCCGUUUCUAUAUGAUACUGUUUAUAAGGGCAUUGUCGCGCGUGCUGGAUUGCCAGAGUCUAUGGGUGGGACGGGCGAUACGAAUGCUGCAUUUGGUCAUUCGUAUUAUAGUGAUCACCAUUAUCAUAAUGGUUACUUGAUAGUGACAGCUGCGAUAAUUCAUUAUUUGGAUCCUGAAUGGCGGUCUGCUGACUUGAAGGAAUGGACAGAAGCAUUGAUUCGAGAUGUUAAUACGCCAAUUUCAUAUGAUCCAGAUUAUGCACCGUUUAGAAACUGGGAUUGGUUUGCAGGGCACAGCUGGGCCGGCGGUAUCAAGGUGAACGGCGCCCUGGACGGUCGUGACCAAGAAUCUAUCCCUGAAGUAAGUAACUGA